AUGGAGGUGAAAGACGCAGAGAGGAUUGUUAUAGCCAAACCAGUUGCUUCAAAGCCUACUUAUUCCAGUUUUAGGUCAUUCUCACAGCUCCUUGCAGGUGCCAUCAGCGCAUCACCCUCUAACACAUGUCCUGAUGCAGCAGUCACUGCAAUCAGACCAAAAACAGUGAGGUUAAAGCCAGUGGCAAAUCUUCCUCCAGUCGGGGUGAUUUCUUCCCAGAAUGGCAUAUCUGGAGCUGCGAUAGUUAAUUCAUCUGACCAGGUCCAAAAAUUAGAGAGCAAAUCCACUGUGGUCUACAAACCCCGUGCGAAAGUUGUCUCAAAGACUACUGUUUCUCUCCUUGCAAAUUUGGUAAACACUAAUAUUCGUCACCAACAAACAUUGUCCCAGGUUGAGGCCUACGUUCAAUCUCCUAACGAAGUCAAACACCAUUUGAAAUCUAACCUUAGCUUGAAUCUCCAUCAGGAUUCAGAAUCACAGUUAGAAACAAAGAAAGCAGUUGAGGCCUCAACCAUGGCAUCAGAGAACUCGGAAGAGGAUCAAAAGUCUUCACACCCCCCAAAUAAUGGGGUUCGGCCUUCUCAUGAUGGAUAUAAUUGGAGGAAAUAUGGACAAAAGCAAGUUAAGGGUAGCGAGUUUCCUCGAAGUUACUACAAAUGCACACACCCCAACUGUCCAGUGAAAAAGAAGGUUGAACGAUCACUGGAUGGACAGAUAACAGAGAUUGUUUACAAGUGUGAGCACAACCAUUCGAAGCCUCAGCAUCUUAAGCACAACACAUCAGGAGGACAAGGGCAAGCAUUUGUAUUUGAUGGCACCGGUCAAGAUACAGAUAACCCAUUUCGUAGUAAACAACUCAGUGAGAGGAUUGAAGGUUCUCAAGGCAAAGGAUCAUCUGUCAAUUCAACCUCUCCAGACAAAGCCUUAUUAUGUGAUCUUGCUACAGCUGGAACAUUCAAAGCUGGUAUACCAGCUCCUGAUAACUCUUGUGGACUGAGUAGUGAUUGUGAGCAAGGAAGCAAGGGAAUAGAAGCAGAGGAUGCUGAACCCAAAAGGAAGAGAAGGAAAAACGAAAAUCAAUCCCAUGAAACAGGCAUAUCGCAGGAUGGUGUGCAAGAUCCAUGCAUUGUGGUGCAAAAUUCGGCUGAUUCUGAGAUCACAGGGGAUGGCUUUCGCUGGAGAAAAUAUGGACAGAAAGUUGUGAAGGGAAAUCCAUAUCCCAGGUAG